AUGUCGUAACUUCUUAUGGUGUGGCUUAAUGAUGAAGUCCAAUUAAGUAAGAAGGUAAAAUCAUUUGAGCAUGAUUUCAGUAAUGGAUAUCUUUUUGGUGAAUUGCUGAGCAAAUUCAAUCAAUAGCUAAAUUUUGAAGAAUUCUCAAAUAAAGAUGUUAGAGAGGCUAAAAUGAAGAAUUUCUAAUUGCUUGAACCAACAUUCAAGACACUUCACAUUUCAUUUAAUUUUUAGAUGGCUGAUUAAGUUAUUAAGGGUAAAAAGGGAGUGGCGAUGCAAUUGUUAUAUCAAUUAUAGAUGGUAUGA